GGAGCCGCCGUUCGGCGGAGAGCGGCGCGCGGGGCAUGCCAUCCGCUCGGCCCGAUGUUCCACUGGGGCAAGUGGAAGAAGAGGAUGGGAGCGAGCGCCUCCUCCUCCAAGAGACCCGUGUUCGACGAGCGGGAGGACGUGAACUUUGACCACUUCCAGAUUCUCCGGGCGAUUGGGAAGGGAAGCUUUGGCAAGGUGUGCAUUGUGCAGAAGAGAGACACUGAGAAGAUGUAUGCCAUGAAGUACAUGAACAAGCAGCAGUGCAUCGAGAGGGACGAGGUCCGCAAUGUGUUCCGGGAGCUGGAGAUCCUGCAGGAGAUUGAGCACGUGUUCCUGGUGAACCUCUGGUACUCCUUCCAGGAUGAGGAGGACAUGUUCAUGGUGGUGGACCUGCUGCUCGGCGGGGACCUGCGCUACCACCUGCAGCAGAACGUGCAGUUCACGGAGGAGACGGUCAGGCUGUACCUCUGUGAGAUGGCCCUGGCGCUGGACUACCUGCGCAGCCAGCACAUCAUUCACAGAGAUGUAAAACCAGACAACAUUCUCCUGGAUGAGCAAGGUCACGCACACUUAACAGAUUUUAAUAUUGCAACAAUAAUUAGGGAUGGUGAAAGAGCAACUGCGCUAGCUGGAACAAAGCCAUACAUGGCUCCGGAGAUUUUCCAUUCCUUCCUGAGUGGUGGCACGGGUUACUCCUUCGAAGUGGAUUGGUGGUCACUGGGAAUCAUGGCUUACGAGCUCCUCCGUGGCUGGAGGCCGUAUGACAUCCACUCCAGCAACCCGGUGGAGUCCCUGGUGCAGCUGUUCAGCACCGUCAGCGUUCAGUACUCAUCCACGUGGUCAAAGGAGAUGGUAGCUCUGCUACGAAAGCUGCUGACGGUGAACCCCGAGCACCGCUUCUCCUGCCUGGCUGACAUCCAGACAUCAGCAUAUCUCUCUGCCGUGCCCUGGGGCGAUGUCUGCCAGAAGCGCCUGGAGCCGGGCUUUGUCCCCAACAAGGGCCGCCUGCACUGCGACCCCACCUUCGAGCUGGAGGAGAUGAUCCUGGAGUCCAGGCCCCUGCACAAGAAGAAGAAGAGGCUGGCGAAGAACAAAUCACGGGACAACAGCAAGGACAGCUCGCAGUCUGAAAAUGACUAUCUCCAGGAAUGCCUUGAAGCUAUCCAGCAAGACUUUGUCAUCUUUAACAGAGAGAAGCUGAAGAAGAGCCAGGAGCAGACCGGCGAGUCCACGUCUGCCCCCGAGAGCACCGCUGAGGCUGAGACAGAGGCUGAGGCUGAGGCUGAGCCCUCCAACCUGAGCAUGUGCAGCUCCGUGUGCUCCUCGGCGGGCAGCAGCUAAGCUGAGGCCGCCCUGCUGCCGCCCACUGCCGCCUGCCCUGGGUUGCACUGAGUGCCUCUGGCAGUGCCCUGCAGCACCUGGCACAGCAGCUCAUCCCGCAGCGUUGUAGCAAAACAGUUCUCACAGAGCUGAGCUCUGCAUUUACACAGGCACCAGUUCCACUCACUGAGGUGCUGCCGUGGGUAAGGAUACUCACUAUGCAACUUGUCGGAGGAAGGAGACUUAUUUCAUUACUUGUUCUUUUAUAAUGUCAGAUUGCUGUUUUAAUGCAGUGCGAUGGCAACGUGAGAAGUUACAUCUCCAAGAUGGGAAGCCAGCAGGAGGAAAGCUGGAUGGGUGGCUCACGCUGUAUGAGGCACCGCUGCUAGCGAGGGCUGCGUGGGGCCGAGUGCUCCCACUGUGAGCUGGGGCUGCCCCUGCUGCAGCCACAUCUGGAGCAGGAUGGCCCUGCAGCUCAGGGAUGGCGUAGGCAAACUGUUGUCCCCUCACCACUGCCAGAGUGUCGUUCCCGACUUGGGGUAAAUAAAUGUUCUUUGUGCACUUCUGGGGCUGGGUAAUGAUUAAAUACGUGAUCAAUAUGUAAAGUGUACUUAAGAUACUUGCUUCCUUCAUGCAGCCGCUGUGAGUGGCAGGAGCCGUGUGGCAGAUGGGGCCAUUUGGGCUCUGUGUGCCCAGGUUUGGGGGAUGCAUUUUGUUACAGGUUCAGGUUUUUUCGGAAGCAGUUUGUGACCUUCUAGUUCUGCUUGGCCAUGAAAAGAGGGCAGUGUCUUAAUUUACUCUUCAGUUUUCUCUAAUUUCAGCGUAAAGUAGGAGUGCUGUACAUAACUUACCAAAACCUGUUUUUAUCUUCUCAGUAAGACAGGAGCUCUCUGAUGGCUCCGCUCUGGGGGUUGCCUUUCUCUGCUUUCAGAGGCCUUCACUCCGUUGGCUGCUCAAUCUGCUGCGUUGUGGCUUUUGGUUGCUGUUGUCAAACAUGAGCCGUGGGUUCUGCUGCAACAAAGCCGUUGUGCUGCACAGAUUGUAGCAGCGGCGUUCACCUUAAAGCUAGCGAGAUGUGUUUGCUGGCAGAUGCCAAGGAGGUGGCUGGGUUUGCAUCCCUGUUCUAUAUUUGUAACGCAGAAAUGCAUAGAAAAGGUUUUUAACAGAUGCAGACUUUUAGGACAAACACUGCUGCGUUUUAGUUUCUGUGGAUGGAAUAGAUCAGCUUAACCGUGCACAAUUAUUUUAUAUGAAAGAUGACACUAAACAUUAAUUUUCCACAGUUUUAUGUGGAGAUCAGUGACUGUGCAGAACCACACGUUCAUGAAGGGGCAGCAGAGGCUCGAGGUGCAGACCCCAGCACCGGGUGUGCAGCGAUGGCUGGGUAGCCCUGCGCCCAGCCCCGUGGGACGGCCCAUCUGAGCGCUGCUCCCUGGGCUGAGCUGCCUGCAGCCCUGCUCCCCCCGCUGUGCCCACACGCUGCCUCUUUCCCCGGCGCUCCCCAGCCCUGUCCCUUUUCCCCCUGCACGUCGUGCAGUGCCCAGCAGUGCUGGGGGCACCGCGUGGCUGCCGCCCCAGGGUGAGAUGGGGGCUCAGAGGCGGGGAGGACAGACUGCAGAGUGUGUGCGUCUGCCCCGGCACCAGGACAGGGGACACGGCCAGCUUUGGGAGCACGGUGCAGUCAGGGCGCUGUGAGUCCAGCACCACUUGGGUCUGGUUUCCAGCCGUGCGUGGAUGUGUGUUUUGCUACUGCCUGCCACAGAGCAGGUUCCGUUGCUGCCCAUUUACUUAUGCAUAGAAGCCGGAGAUGAAACUGAAAGCGAAGAGUGAUGGUGAGGAGGAGGCACAGCGAUGGUGCAUCAGGCUGUGCUGGGCUGCGGGCUGCGCUCUGCACGGGGCUGUGAUGGCUGCACUGCCAAAGCCCCGAGCCCUCCUGUCCGUCCUGGGUCAGUGCUGCUGUGAGCAGAGCUCACGGCCCUGUGUGAGGCGCUGCCAUUCCUGACCCCACUGCAGAGCCUGCGGGAGCCAGUCCAGCACCGCUGUGCAUCUCCACAACAGCGUUCUGUACAUAACUGUUCAAACACGUGCAUCUUUUGUAUGACAGAUUUAUACAGGGAGUGCCGUUACCCGCUGUGAGACGUCUACAUCGCCUAGGAAUUAUUCUCCUUGAAUUCUUGCCAUGAGGUUUUUUUCUUAUCGCCGUUGUAUUUGGGAGUUUUGCAGAACUGCAUAUUUUCAAGUGUUUCCAUUGAAUUCCACAGACUUUGCUGGGAAUUUUUGUAGAAACCAAUGCCAGGUCAGGUCCGGAUGGGUCUUUUGUUGCCAAUUCAUCACUCUGCACCUUGGUGAGAAGAGAAUAAGAGUAAUAUGAAUGAGGCAAUGUGAACUUGAGGUUGGACAGUGCCGAAACCCUGAUGCCUUGGUAGGGAAUAUUUUUAAAUCAUCUCAGUGUAAAUUGAAUAGGUAAAGUAUACCUUUGUAUUUUAUGUUAAUACAUUUCUGUAAUUUAUUGCAUAGCAAUACUGCCAUGUCACGGAGCAUUUCAAUUAGGACAACAAAUUUGUGUUUUUACAGACACUGCAAGAAGACAUUGCCUAUGUGGAGUAAUA